CUAUAUAUUCAUCAUUCCACAACUCAACACAAACAUAAAAACCCUAAUUUUCAGAUCUCCGAAAACCAUGUCGGCGAUCAUGAAAACUCUCUGUUUUUCUUUCCUCAUCCUCGCUUCUUUUGCAACUUUCUUCUCUGUUGCUGAUGCAUGGAGGUUUAACGUCGGAGGUAACGGAGCUUGGGUUAUAAACCCUCAAGAAAACUAAAAAAGAAACCGUUUCCAAGUCAAUGACACUCUCUAUUUUAAGUAUGCGAAGGGAUCAGAUUCUGUUCAACAAGUGAUGAAGGCAGAUUUUGAUGGCUGCAAUGUUAGAAAUCCGAUCAAGAACUUUGAUAAUGGUGAAUCUGUUGUGACUCUUGAUCGAUCUGGUCCUUUUUACUUCAUAAGUGGUAAUGAAGAUCACUGUAAAAAGGGACAGAAACUGAUCGUCGUUGUUCUCGCCGUCAGAGAUCACCAGACGGUUCCUAUUUCUCCGGCGAAACCUCCGUCAUCAGCUCAGCCUCCAAAAUCUCAUUCCCCUGUUCCUUCAGUUUCUCCGGCUCAACCUCCUAAAUCUCACUCCCCUGUUUCUCCCGUUUCUCCUGCUAAACCUCCGUCUAUGGCUCAACCUCCUAGAUCCUCUUCUCCGGCGACUGCUCCUUCAAAAUCUCAGCCACCUAAAUCCUCUGUUUCUCCAGCACAACCACCUAGGUCUUCUUCCCCUGUUUCUCACUCACCGUCGCAUUCUCCAUCUCACUCUCCGGCGACUCCAUCUCCGUCACCAAAUUCCCCCACCCCGGUUUCUCACUCACCAGUUCACUCGCCAGCACAUGCUCCAUCUCCGACACCAAAAUCACCAUCCCCUGUUUCGUCUCCAUCCCCUGUUUCUUCUCCAUCGCCUGUUCAGUCUCCUGCUUCUCCUUCUGACCAGACAACACCUUUGUCACCUUCUCCUUCGGAAACAACUCCGACCGCCGAUAGCAUCACAGCGCCGGCCCCAAGUCCCAGGAAAAACUCAGCAAGUGGUUUAGCCGUUACUUCGGUUAUGACUACACUAUUAAGUGUUGCUUCUACCAUUUUGAUGUUUGCUUAAGAUUAAACAAAUGCGUUUUCAUGUUUUGAUUUAGGUUUUCUUUAUUCUAUUGCUGAGUUUUAUUGUCCUAGUCUCUACUCUGUCGGGAUUUUUUUUCCUCUUCUUUGUGUCGUAAUUUCGCAUUAUUGGACUAGUGAAUUUUUUGUAAUAAAUAUCAGUUUGUUGUUCUAAGCGUUUUUUCCUUUUGACAUCA